AUGGCCUGCCCUGUCCAGUCGCAGUGGUUUCAUAUCGUCGUCUUCAUCCUUGGCGCCCUCGUCGUCCUUUCACGCUACGUACGUGGCGCAGAAGUGUCAAUAGCGGGGCCUGCCACGCGUUCUACUCCUUCCACCGAAGGCAUCAACUGCGAGCCGCUCGUCAACCUCGCAGCUGGUGUGGGCUCAUCCCUAGUGACGAUGGCAUUCAAGAGGGCGACAAGGAGAAGCGUCAGCAGCCAGAGGAGUAGAGUCGACUUCUGCAUGGGUGACUCGAGACGUCUAGCAUCUCAGGUGUAA